AUGUCGCUAUUCUGGGCGCCGUAUAGCAGCUACGUAGAUGCAAACGGCAACGGCACCGCAGCCGGUCCAAAACCUCGUAUCAAGAUGGUUCAGGUCGAAAUCCGGUUCUUGGCUGACGGCGACACGGCGAAUUUGCCCAGCCGGAUGCGCUCAUGGCGUCCAAGACCCAACCUUCUAGCUUCCUUCAGUGCAAACACCAAGCUCGGUCACCUCAUCUUACCAACAUCGACGUUACACUCAUAUUCACCGUCAAGCAGCCAGCCUCGCCGGCUGCUAUCCCGUGUCGGUCUCCUUAGAGGCUGCCGAGACACCAGAACCACCCCGUCCCUCGUUGCAAUGGCACCUCAGUCAUUACUUCCAUGCGAUGAGAAGGCACCACUCCCUCACAACGAUGCAUCCACUGUAUCGCCGAGACAACGAGACGACAAGAAAAGCCAACGAUGUCGCCUUCUCACCGUAGGAUUGGUCGUUCUAUUCGCCUUGGGGAUGGUUGCCAACUGCUGCGCCAACAAAGAGCAGCUGUGGAGGCACGGGCAGCAAUUGGCGGCGGAGAACCGGGAGACGCAAGCGGCAGAGCCUCAGAAAGACACCGUCUUGGUUGCGAUUACCGAAGAGGAGGCUCUAGAGCCCAUCAGGAUUCACAGGCGCCAGAACGACGGGGUUGGUGGCACCCCCAUCCCAUCUGCCAGCGAGGGUAACGUCACUGGACCCCAGGAGCCUACUACCUCGGACCAGGUGGCUGAUCUGCCCUCAACAACGCAAGGGUCUGAGCCUCCUGCAGUCACGACGACAGCAAUCACUACUACGACUGUCCAAGUUCCCACCGAGACGACUACAGCUGAUCCCACGACUUCAGAGGUGGUGCCAGACACGUCCACCACGGAGCUCCCUCCCCCCGACACAACAACCACCACUACGCAACCCGAAAGCACAUCGGACGCCGAGACCACGACGACCGAAACAAGCGACGCUCCCCAGGAAACGACAACGAAGCAGACGACGACGACCACAAUUGGUAUGUCCACCACCGAGGACGUCCCCUCCUCGACCUCUCCUAUUCCUCCCACAUCCACUGCGCCAGAGUCCACGUCUACCCCCAGUAGGUCUCCGCCGGAAUCUCCCUCUGCCCCUUCCACUGCGCCUUCCUCUGCGCCCAGCACGGAUACGCCAUCUACAUCCCAGGACGCCACGUCCACUGCUCCAAGUAGGUCUCCGUCGGGACAGUCCCAUGUUCCGUCCGCGUCACCUAGCUCUGAACUGCCCACCGUGAUCGACUCUGUCAUUGUUUCUCUCUCCACUUCCCAAGUCCGUACUACGGACACCUCAGUUGAGACCUCGCUUGAGACCACAUCGAGAACUCUCGGAACGACCUAUUCAUUCCCACGCCUUGACUUGAUAUGCAACUCACAAACUGCAAGAACCCGUGCUGACAGUCAAAAAGCAGAGGACACGACGACGACUACUACCACCACCACAAAAGAGAAGGCCUCGACCACCACCACAGAGGCGGAGUCGAGCACAACCACCGAUGAUGGCAAGGAUGAGCCAACGUCGAGUCCCGUGAAGACGACGAUCACAUCGACCAAGGAAGGUGGCAGCGUCACUACCAUCACAUCGACUUCUUGGGUGGAGGUGGACCCCACCUCGGCGCCUGAUAACAGCGACGACGAGUCCGAUCCCGACCUGCAGAAUGCCGGCGUGGCCAAGAACCCGGCGCUGGCCAUGGUCGUUGGCCUCGCUGCGGCAGCUUUCCUCCUUUCAUGA